AUGAUGUCAAUGAACAGCAAACAACCUUUCAGUAUGCACCCCAUACUGCACGAGCCCAAAUACACGCCUCUGCAAUCGACCUCAGAGGCCAUCCGGAGGGCAUGCAUGCCCACUCACUCGCUGCAGAGCAACAUCUUCGCCGGCUUCGAUGAGACUUUACUGCAGAGGGCGGAAGCGCUGGCGGCGGUGGAUAUCGCAAAGAGCCACCCUUAUAAACCAGACGCAACCUACCACACCAUGACCACGAUGACCAGCAUGGCCUGCACCCCCACCUCAUCCUCGGCCCACCUCCACCACCCGUCCGUGCUCACCUCGCACCACCACCACCAUCACCCCCAUCACCAGGGCUCUCAGGGCCUGGAUGGCGACCUGCUGGACCACCUGACCCCCGGCAUGUCUGUCUCCCUGGGAGGGAUGCCCGGCUCCGACGUCUGCUCCACUGCCUCCCAUCCACACUCUCACAUGUCCGCCAUAAACCACAUGCAGCAGCACCACCACCACCAACAGGCAAUGAACAUGCACCCCCACAGCAUGGGCUCGCACACCUCGCUGGGCGGCGGCGUGGACUCAGAGCCAGACCCCCGGGAGCUGGAGUCCUUCGCAGAGCGGUUCAAGCAGAGGCGGAUCAAGCUGGGGGUGACGCAGGCGGACGUGGGCUCGGCCCUGGCGAACCUUAAAAUCCCCGGGGUCGGUUGCCUCAGUCAGAGCACGAUUUGCCGGUUCGAGUCCCUCACCUUGUCUCAUAACAACAUGGUGGCCCUGAAACCCAUCCUGGAAGCGUGGCUGGAGGAGGCGGAGAGGGCGCAGCGGGAGAAAAUGACCAAGCCAGAGAUUUUCAACGGAGGAGACAAGAAGAGAAAACGCACCUCCAUCGCUGCUCCCGAGAAGCGCUCCUUGGAGGCAUAUUUCGCCGUGCAGCCGAGGCCCUCGUCUGAGAAGAUUGCAGCAAUAGCCGAGAAACUGGACCUGAAAAAGAACGUGGUCAGGGUGUGGUUUUGCAAUCAGAGGCAAAAGCAGAAAAGGAUGAAGUUUUCUGCGACACACUAG